AUGUAUUUAAAUGGAGAUAAAAAAAAUAUCUCCUACCCCGCGCUGUUACCUAUAUAUAAGAAGAAGAUAGCGUUUUUAUUAAUAAGUACACCAUACUUAAGUAUAAUUACAAUAAUGGCACUAGACUUCAUAGCAGGAUGUAUUGGUGGUUGUGCUGGAAUUGUUGCUGGUCAUCCUUUAGACACUUUAAAAGUUCACAUUCAGUCAGGUAGAGGUGGCGUGCUGGAAUGUGCUAAAGCUCUAUUAAAAGGAGGAACAUUAUCGACUGCGUAUCGUGGAGUAGGUGCACCUUUGGGUGGAAUAGCAGGAAUAAAUGCUAUAGUAUUUGGAGCUUAUGGAAACACAAGACGAGCACUGCCUAAUCCAGACUCUUUGAUGACACAUGCAGUUGCCGGUGGAGCCGCAGGCAUGCUACAAAGUUUUGCCUGUGCACCAGUUGAACUAGUGAAAACGCGUCAACAGUUAGCUAAGCCAGUCGAGGUACCAUCUAGCGCGUGGGGAGAAGCCCGAUACAUUUUGAGAACUGGUGGAUACAAAGGGCUCUUUCGGGGAUUAGGAAUAACAAUACUUCGCGAUAGUCCAGCAUUUGCAAUCUAUUUUACAGCGUAUGAAGCGAUGACCCGUGGAGAUCAGUCAGCUGUGAAAGUGUUUACUGCUGGUGGAAUAGCUGGAGCAUUGUCGUGGAUUUUACUGUAUCCUGUAGAUGUGGUGAAAUCGAGGUUACAAGGUGAUUCAAUAGGACGAUACUCUGGUGCUUGGGAUUGUUUUUUAAAGUCAAUACAGGCGGAAGGGUGGCGGUGUAUGAGAAGAGGGAUUGGUGCCGUAACUUUACGCGCUUUUAUCAGUAAUGGAGCUUGUUUCACAGCUGUUGCGUGGACGGAACGUGCUUGGCAACGUAUUUUAACGAAUGAAUCUAAAAACUUAGUUCAGGGGGCUACUAUUAGUGAAGCUGUAAGGUGCGACAACACAGAAUAUAAAUAUGAUAUU